AAUUAAGUUUCAAUUAUUUUUUUGGGAACAAUUUCCCCCGAGUUUAGGGGAGUUAAAGAAACAUUUGGUUGCUUCGCGAAUCUAAUUGAGAGAACGCGAAGCAACCAAGGAAGGAGAGAGAAAGAGAAGGGUGUAAGGAGGUAUCAUAUCAUAUUAUAUCGUAUCAUAUCAUAUGAAUGGCUAAACCAGUUCAACCCAUUGAAUUGGGUCAUAAUGCUGUCGCGGUUGCCAUUGAUAAGGGCAAGAACAGCCAACAAGCUGUUAGAUGGACUAUUGAUCAUUUCUUGAAGGGAAAAGAUUUUCAAGUUGUUCUUGUUCAUGUUAAAACUCACCAUUUUAAUAACCAGCUAGAAUCUUCGACAACCGGUUUAGCCCCAACAGACUCCGAUGUACAACAAUUAUUUCUUCCUUAUCGAGGAUUUUGUAGCCGAAAAGGGAUAGACGCGAUGGAGGUAGUACUUCAUGAUAUCGAUGUUCCAAGUGCACUUGUUAACUAUAUCGAGCAUAACAACCUUGGCAAUAUUGUUGUUGGGGCCUCGAAUCGUAAUGCUAUCACAAGGAGAUUUAAAGCAGCAGAUGUUCCAACCAGCCUUGAAAAAUCAGCCCCUGAUUUUUGUGCAGUAUAUGUGAUAUACAAAGGGAAGGUGCAAUCGAUGCGACCUUCAAACGUAUGUCUAAUGCCUACGGCCCCUAUCGCGGCCACAGGACGGUCAAGUUUAAGCUCCGGAACCUCAACAUACAGGACUAACAAUUCCAAGACUAGUUUUGGCAAUAGUAGUGUAUCAAGUGGUACAUCGCGGUCGAGCAUGGUGCAUUCGGAGAGGAAUUACUCUUCCUCUAGUAACCCUGUUACGCCUGUUGGUGGUGCUGAUAUAUCAUCCAUUUACCAUCGAAUGACACAUGAUCCUCACUACCUUAAACCACAAAGUAUACGCAACAGUACUGAAUCACCAAAUAAGCAACGUGUGACAUCUAAUAGUCGUUACAAUAAUCCGAGAAUUCGACAUGAAAUUGACUUCCCAAGUUACCAGCAGCAAUAUCCUUACUAUAGUAGGAGCUCUGAUAACUCCUCGAAUAAUUCUUCUACUUUAUAUCAAAUUAUGGGACAACCACCUCUUCCAUAUAGUAAUACAAGCACAGAUAAUAACUCCAGAAACUCACAUUCUUAUUCGAGUAGCGAAACCAUUAGUACACCAGAUAGAUACAAUCAAGGACGAAAUCCUUCUUAUUAUGGUUCCAACCCCAAUAGUUUUGAGUCUGCUACUUCUGUUGAAUAUAGUGAACAACAACCUAAUUCAACCACGAGUUCCCAAAAUUCAUCCUCGGAUGAGCUAGAAGCUGAGAUGGCGAGACUAAAGCUUGAAAUAAAGAACACAAUGGAUCUUUAUCAUUCGAUUUGCGAGCAAGCAAGUGUGGCAAAGCAACAGGCUGAUUAUAUUCAAACUGGAGAUGAUGAUAUUGAGGAGAUCAAGCUAGCAAGAGAGGCUGCAUUGGUAGUAGCAGAUCUAGAGCGGCUAAAAUGCCAAGCCGCGAUGGAUGCAGCACAACUAUCAGAACGAUUAGUAGAUAUGGAGGGUCGAAAGAGAAAAUUGGCCGAGAAGAAAGCUGCAAAACAGGAUGAGGAAGAUAUAAGAAGAUCAGGAAACAAAUCAAGCCAAUUAGUCAGUUAUCGAUUGUACUCGUUGAAAGAGAUUGAAGUUGGAACUAAUUACUUCUCUAGUUCGUUGAAGAUUGGUGAAGGAGGGUAUGGACCUGUGUACAAAGCCAUACUUCAGCACACCCCUGUCGCGAUCAAGGUUCUAAGGCCGAAUGUAUCCCAAGGACUAAAACAAUUUCAACAAGAGAUCGAGGUGCUCGGACGAAUGAGACACCCUAACAUGGUACUCCUCCUAGGAGCAUGUCCAGAGUACGGGUGCCUAGUAUACGAGCACAUGGAGAAUGGAAGCCUAGAAGACAGAUUGUUCCGAAAGAACAACACCCCUCCCAUCCCUUGGAGAACUCGAUUCAAGAUUGCAGCCGAGAUAGGAACAUCCCUCCUCUUCCUACACGAGGCAAAGCCAGAGCCUAUGGUACAUAGGGACUUAAAACCGGCUAACAUUCUCCUAGACUCGAACUACACGAGCAAGAUAGGUGAUGUAGGGUUGGCGCGAUUAGUACCCCCAACAGUCGCGAAUCAAAUGACUCAAUACCAUUUGACAGCCGCGGCUGGUACAUUUUGCUACAUAGAUCCAGAGUAUCAACAAACAGGACAACUUGGUACAAAAUCCGAUAUCUAUUCAUUAGGGAUAAUUUUGCUUCAGUUGCUCACUGCAAGGCAUCCUAUGGCAUUGUCAUACCAUAUGGAAGAGGCCAUUGAGGCCGGUAAAUUCGAGGAAAUGCUCGAUCCAGCCGUGUCUAAUUGGCCCUUCCAAGAGGCUUUAGCAAUGGCUCAAUUGGCUCUCAAGUGUACCGAGCUUCGAAAGAAGGAUAGACCUGAUUUGGACUCCGUUGUUUUGCCGGAAUUGACCCGGCUAAGAGAUUUAACUAUGAGUUAAUAAUUAUUUCUCUCUUUUUCUCUUUUCCUUUUUACAUUUUUGGGAAGUGAGAUUAUAGAAAUUAUCCUUUCCUCAUCUUUAAUCGUAUACUCCGUAUUGUAAACAUUCUUGAUCUUGUACGUAAACUUAUUGCUUACUUUUGUACUGACUAUUUAUUUGUACAUGAGGGAUAUACAUCGCUCCACUUACGGAGAUUUACACAAUUUAACAUAUAUAAUCACAUAGAACCUCCGUAACUCUA